AUGUCCCCUCCGCGCAAGCGCGAGGCCACCCCCGACCUGACAGAUGUGGUCUCUGUCCUACAUCGGAAACGCCGUCUGACGCAAUGGGAUAUUAAGCCACCCGGAUAUGAGAAUGUUACGGCGGAGCAGGCCAAGUUGUCAGGCAUGUUUCCCCUUCCCGGUGCGCCCCGACAGCAGCCCAUGGAUCCCAGUCGUCUGCAGGCUUUCAUGAACCAAUCUACCACUGGGUCUGCAGAUGCCGCCUCGCUGAAGCCGUCGCACUCGCGCCAGGCCAAGCGACUGUUUGUCUACAAUAUCCCCCCGAACGUCACAGGCGAGGCGCUGUUGUCGUUCUUCAACCUUCAGCUAAAUGGCCUGAAUGUCGUCCAGAGUGUGGAUCCCUGCAUUUCCGCGCAGGUUUCCGAUGACCACUCGUUUGCCCUUUUGGAAUUCAAGUCGCCUAACGAGGCUACGGUUGCCCUUGCAUUCGACGGAAUCACGAUGGAUGAACAUGCUUCUAUGGACGGUGCCGGUAAAGGUGAAGUCAAGGGCCUGGAAGUACGUCGUCCGAAGGACUACAUCGUCCCCAACGGCAGUGCGGACCAGGAGUACCAGGAAGGAGUUCUGUUGAACGAAGUCCCUGACUCGCCCAACAAGAUCUGCGUCUCGAACAUCCCCCAGUAUAUCCAGGAGGAGGCUGUUAUCAUGCUGUUGAAAUCUUUUGGUGAAUUGAAGUCGUUCGUUUUGGUCAAGGACGCUUCGACGGAAGAGUCUCGGGGAAUUGCUUUCUGCGAAUACGCCGAUCCUACAGCUACGAGCAUUGCGGUUGAAGGUCUGAACGGAAUGGAGAUCGGCGACCGUCCUCUCAAGGUUGUGCGUGCCAGUAUCGGAAUGACGCAGGCCGCUGGACUGGACAUGGGCGUCAACGCUAUGUCCAUGUUCGCAAAGACCACGUCUCAAGAUCUGGAGACCAGCCGCGUGCUGCAGUUGCUGAAUAUGGUGACGGCGGAGGAGCUGAUUGACAAUGAUGAUUACGAAGAAAUUUGCGAGGAUGUGCGUGAAGAGUGCUCGAAAUACGGUCAGGUCCUUGAGCUCAAGGUGCCGCGUCCCUCUGGUGGUAGCCGUCAGUCUCCUGGUGUUGGCAAGAUCUUCGUCAAGUUCGACACGGUAGAAUCGGCCACGAAGGCAUUGAAGGCGCUUGCAGGCCGGAAGUUUUCCGAUCGAACUGUUGUUACGACAUACUAUGGGGAGUGCAAUAUCUGA